GAGGUUGUUUUGUUACGUUGGCAUCUAAAUCAGCAUGUCACUUCUUAAUCAACUCUUUAACAGAGGCGUUUUAGGCACUAGAUGGUAAUUUCUCUUCUGUGAUUCAUCCAAUUCCAUGUUCUAAGAUUUAAGUUUUAUGCAAAACAUGUCUGAACCUGGCAAUUUCACGCAUUAAGCUGCUGCAAAACAAGAGAGAUAUGCAACUCAAACAAAUGCGUAAGGAGAUAUUCCAAUUCUUGCAGGCUGGCCAAGAGGCAAUUGCUAGAAUUCGGGUGGAGCAUAUCAUACGAGAACAAAAUAUAUGGGCUGCAUAUGAAAUAUUGGAGUUAUUCUGUGAAUUUGUUCUUGCACGUGUACCUAUAAUUGAGAGUCAGAGCCUUCCUUCUCCACAUGAUAGGGAUUGCCCCUCAGAAUUGCGAGAAGCCAUUGCAAGUAUAAUUUUUGCUGCUCCUAGAUGUUCAGAUGUACCAGACUUAUUGCACAUUAAGAACUUGUUUACCACUAAAUAUGGGAAGGAAUUCGUCUCUGCAGUAUCUGAACUUCGUCCUGAUUCUGGCGUGAACCGCACGAUAAUUGAAAAGCUUUCUAUUAGUGCUCCAUCCGGCGAGGUAAAACUCAAGAUCUUAAGGGAGAUAGCAGAAGAAUACAAUCUAACAUGGGAUUCUUCUAAAACUGAGGCAGAAUUCAGGAAAAAUCAUGAAGAUCUCCUGGGUGGAGCAAAGCAAGUUGGUGUUGGAGCUGCACUUUCUAAUACUCCCAGCAAAAAGGGUUCUAAUAAUUUGUCACCUAGUAAUAAGGAAGAUUCUAUCAAAUCUAUGCAUGACAAACAAGAAUAUAAACACCUUGAAGCUCCCAGCCCUUCUAACAAUAAUUUUGGGUUGAAUACUAAUGAAAUUGAACAGUCACACAAAAAUAAUGAUGUUGCCGUUGGAGAUGCAAAAAGUGAGACAAGAUUUCAAUCCUCUGAUGUAUUGGAGAAAGCCCGAGCUGCCAUUGCUUCUGCAGAGCGUGCAUCUGCAGCUGCUCGUGCUGCCGCUGCACUAGUACACGGUAAUUUUGGAUCUUUGAAGCUGGAAGGUAGAUCUUCAUAGUGCUUAAAAUGGAUGGAUGACCUUUGCCCGGGAUCUUAAGGUUGAAAUACUGUUAAAUGUCAAAGGAGAAAAAUAAAUAAAUAUGAUCUUUGUUGUGGAGAUAACAGUCUCCUCGAGUGAUUAUAAGUGAUGAGAAUAAUGCCGUAUUUAUUGUACAUUCUAUAAUUAAUACGUGUGUAUAUCUUUGUAAUGAAAUGUAAUAUUAAACUUGCUUAAAUUUUUCCUGAUUCUUGCGACCGCUUAUGUUUGUAUAUCAUGUUUUAAAGAAUGUUAUUGCUAGAGCAU